AUGUCCAACCAGACCAUAGCGGAUACAGAUACUCCUGAUCCUUGGAUGGUCGCCGCCCACAACCGCUUCUACCUGACUUUCACCUGCGGAGACCGCGUCGAGAUAUGGAUGUCGCACGACAUGGAAAACUUCAGGAAUUGUAAGAAAAUCAUCGCAUGGAAGCCACCGCCCGCAACUCCCUGGGUGGCAGACAUCUGGGCCCCCGAAUUGCACUACCUGAAUGGAAGAUGGUAUAUCUACUUCUGCGGCGCCCACCCGGAGAUCGGAAACCCCUCACAUAGAACGUUAUUGCUGCGCAGUCGAAGUCAAGACCCGAUGGAGGCGGGAGCGUGGGAAUUCCUCGGACAGAUGAAAGGCCUGCCUGAUCACUGGAACAUCGACGCGACAGUCUUCUAUCUGCAGCGUACGCAGAAGCUAUAUUGCUGUUACUCCGGGUGGCCGCUGGGCGAUCAUUCAGACCGGCAGCAGGAUUUGUUCUUGAUCGAGCUGGAGACUCCCGAAGUCGCGCGACCAGCGACACUCACCUGCAUUUCUAGGGCAGAACUACCAUGGGAGAGGGCGGAUGGAGGAACCCAUGGCGUCAACGAAGGUCCCACGUUCAUCAGCAUUCCCGGCUUUCAAGGAAUCAUCUACAGCGCCAACGGGAGCUGGACCAGCGACUACCGGUUGGCCCUGUUACAGCUUGUCGGCGACGACCCCUUGAAGGAGUCAUCGUGGAGGAAACGACCAACGCCGCUGCUUGUAAGUGACCGAGCAAAGGGAGGGCCGUUCGGGCCUGGGCAUGCAAGUUUCAUUCCUUCCCCGUACGGAGAUGGAAGGGUGUAUUGCAUCUAUCACGCCACCGAGCAUGAGGGACAAGGAUGGAACAACCGCAAAGCGAGAAUCCUCAGUUUCGGGCCAGAGCAUUUUCAUCCCGACGGCCAACCCAUGUGCUGUGCAUUGUCCGUCUCUGGGCAGUGGAGUGGCGGUGCCUCAGUCUCGAGCUCUGGUGGACUGGCUGGAAACAUGUUUCAGCAAGGAUCCCAAUCACAGCAUGGCCACGGGCAGCGAGCAAGUCUGAUCCACAAAAUUGGAGGUAAGAUAUUGAGGAAGUUGAGGGAGUACACAUAG